CGGUGGAGUUGGGAGGAAGAGAUGUCUAAGAUCGGAGGGAAAAUUGUGCUUAUCCUUAGCUUCGUGUUUCUGACGACUUGCCUCGAUGCGGCGAAAGGGCUGCCCUUGAGGAAACAGCGCAACCACAGUCCGAAGGAAAGGAACUAUAAGUUGGUAGAGAUCUCUACUUCAUCCGACACGGCUUCAAUCAAAGAAGACGAAAUGCCGCAGUCUAACAAGGUCCGGAACCUGAGGCGAAAUGGACGGGCCAUGCCACACAGGCAGAAACGCCGUUGGCCACUGCAACAUGCUGCAAGGAACCAGUUGGCAUCACUCCAGCCAGGUGGCGCAACCCAGGAGGAGAGCACGCCCUUUGUGCUGGACUUGAAGAACCUGCCAGGCUUAGCCAACGUGGACCUGAGUGCCCAGAAUCCAAAUAUACAGGUGACCAUUGAGGUCGUGGAUGAUCCUCAGGCUGAGAUGGAGAUGGACCUGCUGAAGGAAACUAGCAAUGACUGGUCUCUGACCUCCUCUGAGUGGCUGUCCCACAAAGACCUCUUCUGGCCACUUUUCUGGGAGUACACGGACCCCAUGGAGGAAGGGGAGGAAGGGGGAAAUUUGGACAUUAGGAGCAGGGGGGAAGAAGAAGAUGAUGACGAAGAGGAGGAGGAUGACUACACUUCAGAGUAUGAUGAGGAAGAAACGGUGCUGAGUGGAGUGGGAGGUGACUGGGACCAGCGGUGGCCCCAUCAGAAAAACUGGAUCUUCAAAGAGAAGUAUAAUUACGACUAUGAAGAUGAAGAGGAGUGGAGCCCUUGGUCUCCGUGCACUGUAACCUGUGGCACUGGCAACCAGAAAAGAACCCGGUCUUGUGGCUACGCAUGCACUGCAACGGAGUCGAGGACCUGUGACCUGCACCGCUGUCCUGGAGCAGAUGGGGAGUUGUCUCUUGCCACAGAAGAGACACCAUUUGAAGCUGAGAAUGCCACAGAGAUCCUGAACUCAGAUGUGGACAGCUGUGAGAAGUGGCUCAAUUGCAAGAGCGACUUCCUCAACAAAUACCUGAGCAAAGUCUUGUCGGACCUGCCCAGCUGCCCCUGCUCCUACCCGCUGGAAGCCGUCUAUAGCGCCGUCAACCUGCGGGACGAGCGGCAGGGCAAGAGCUUCCGCUGGCGAGAUGCCAGCGGGCCCAAGGAGCGGCUGGACAUCUACAAGCCCACGGCCCGCUUCUGCCUGCGCUCCAUGCUCUCCCUGGACAGCACCACGCUGGCUGCGCAGCACUGCUGCUACGACGAGAGCGCCAGGCUGAUCACGCGGGGCAAGGGGGCUGGGGCCCCCAACCUCAUCAGCACCGAGUUCUCCCCCGAGUUGCACUACAAGGUCGAUAUGCUGCCCUGGAUCCUCUGCAAAGGGGACUGGAGCAGGUACCACGCCGUGAGGCCUCCGAAUAACGGGCAGCGGUGUGCUGACAACCCCCCAGAGGAAGAAUACCUCUCUCAGUUACAGGAGGCCAGGGAGUAUUAACGCAGAAAAAAACAACCCAAAAGACGUGGAGAGCAGGACAUUUUUGGUCUCCCGCGCGACUAGGGAGUAUAACAGGGCCUCUUUUCUUCUCUCUCCUCCCCUCAGCUUUUAUGUCAACAAAGGCCUCCGCUUCAGAAUGGCUACAGAGCCGCUGCUUGUUUUGCAUUCCCUUGGUAACCAGGUAGUCUGUAGGAAACCUUAGUGCAAACUCUACAGUGGCUUCUGCCCUGUCUUCUACAUAGGGGCCUCCAGUUUCUUUCCUGACUUCCUCGUUACCCAAAAGUUGCCACAAUUGGCCCAAAUGGGCUGUACCAGAAGGCUUGCUAUGGCCAUCCUGAGGGAUUAUAGGGAUGGGAAGAGCCAGAGGGAAGGGGGGGGGGAGGUGUCUUUCAAAAGGCCCAUUGUGACUCGUUUUAUACUGCACACAAGCUGUCGCUCAAAGGCAGACUGGGAGAUCUUACGGCCUAAAACUCUAAUCGGGUGCUUGAAGGUUUUGCAUAGAGUCUGUAAGCAGUCUCCAGGUGGAUGACUCAAUACACCUAAAUUCUGUUUUCAGCUAAAAGGGAAACUUGGUUGGACAUAUUGAGAGUGACAGAUCUGGCUUCAAGCAUCUGUUGUCUUGAUGUAGUCCUGGGGCAAGAGAAAGGAUGAUGUUCCACACAGUUUGGGAGAAACUGGUAUGGAGGGGUGCUGGAUUGUGUGUGCGUGCUUUGGGAUGUAAGUUCUGGGAUGUAUUGUGAAAACACAUCCCCUAAAGUGGAUGAGUGGCAGAUGAAGCCAACCCUUCUUGCUGGGUUGAUAGAACAAUCUGGGUCUCAUUUCUACCCAGCAAGUCUGAUAAGGAAGCAAGCAAAUGUUUUAAAACUUAUUAUUCUCUUCAGGCCAGAGGCAGGGCAGAAAACUAAGCCCAACUCAUUUAUAAGACUCCAGGGGAGGAAUUGAACAUCUUGCCCUUCUGAUCAUUCUGUCAACACAAGCAUUUCGGCUUGCAAGACGGGACAGUCCUGAGCACAGUUCCCAAGCUUCCCCCCCAAAAAAACCCUGAACCAAUUGGAGGGGCAGGGGGAGGAGAGUUGGGGGCAGGGUGAAGUCCUUGUUCAAGGCUUCUGCUGACAAGACUGAAUAGUUGAAUCCUAAGCCAGGUGUCCUCGGAAAAGUUGCAGUUCUGAGCAACCUCAGUCAAUAGCAUGGGAAAGAACAAAGUCCAUGUCCUCCAGCCAAACCAUUUCAAUUUCAUAUACCAGAGGUAGCCAACACAAUUCUUUCCAGUUGUUGGACACCACCUGCAACAUCUGGAGCUCCAGACAGCACAGCCAGUAGUCAGGGAUGAUGGAAGCUGUAGUUCAGCCACAUCUAGCCACCCCUGAUAUAGAAGUUCAUUCUGAGUUUUGGAUCUGAUGUUUGGCAGAGGAUUGGUUGGAACAACCCAGUCAUGGAUUUCUCACAUUGCUGUUUGGUUUCUCAACUUGGGAGGGAAAGAUCCAACUUCCAAUUUUCAUCUUUCUGUUUUGUUUUGGGAUUUUAACUUUUGGUCUAGUUCCUUUAUCGUUGGCAGUAAAGGGACGGGUUUGCCUCUUGAUACAGUGGAUGACAGCUGGGUUGUGAGUGAAGGAAUUAGUCCUAGAGCUAUUGGUGCUCUAGAGCUUUAAAUAAAGCAAGCCCACAAUUCUGUGCAAAGUAGUUGUGCAAACUUGCAUAUCUGUCUUGCACAAUUUAGUCUACUUUUCCUAGUUUUGAAGAAGGGCAAAGAGCCAUCAGACUGAAUCCCUUGUUUUCUCUUCCAUUUUGUGAAAUUUUGCCAGGCAUCAGCUGGAAAGGUGUUCCUUUUUUUAAAAAAAAUUAAACUUAAAAUUUUAGGGUGCUAAAUUUUGUACUCAGUACCAACUUCCACAUUUGCAUGCAGAGCAUAGCCGCCGCCAUUUUAGUACUCUCUGGUAGCCAGAAAGUCUGCCUAGGCGCUCCUAAUCUUUUCUCUGUACUUUGAGAACUAGGAGGUUUCUCUUCUCUUAAUAUUAAAGGUCAUAUUUUCAAGAUUCUGUAUUAUAAUGUAGCUUCUGCAUUAUCUGUCAUGCAGAUUCCUACGACAACGUUCACCCUUCCCUGAUGCUCUGUAAGGUGUUUGCCAGCUUGGGGACACAUCUCUCGUUCCUGCUGAAGUCAAUAGCAAUAACUCUAAUUGGUUUGCAAUCAAGUAAGAUUGCUGCCUUGGCCUUUAUACCAAGCUUCUUUUGAGCCAAGGCCACAUUCAUGCCAUACUUUUAAACCACUGUUACCAUUUUUAAAAGUUGUGGCUUCCCUCAAAGAAUUAUGGGAGCUGUAAUUCAUUCAGGAUGCUGAGAGUUGUAGGAGAAGCCUAUUCCCAUCAUAGAGCUCCCACAAUUAUUUGGGAGGAGCUGUGAUUAUUUAUAGUGGUAGCCUAGUGCUUAAAAUGUAUCAUGUGAAAGUGGAUUUGGCCGCUGACUCCAAGGACAGGAGCCUUUUGUUGGACAAUGAUCCAGAGUCCAGAACCAUCUUCUUUCACAGGACAUGCACAGCCAGAAAUUGGAGGCUUGUGUGCUGUCCCUUCUUCUACCAGUUUUAUUAGUGAUGUCUUAAGUUUAUGGAACUUCACCUUAUGGCCUUUAGUCCCCUUUAAGUGAUGAUUGGCCUUAUAGGCAUUCCAGCAAAUUUUGUUGUGUGUUCCUGGCGGCACAACAUGUCUGGCAGACUCCAUGAUGGACAAGCCAUGAUCUCAAGAUGUUUGGACCACUCAAGACUGUUGGGGGAGAGAAGAAGUAUGUCAGCUUGGGCAUUGCAACAAGACCCUUCUUUCUUUUUAGAGUAUCUCCCUAAAAAAACACCAAAGCCUCUCUUUCUCCCUUAAAGCUCACGUUUAUUGCUCAGGACUGACACAGGCUGUUGGACUGGGAUGGUUCUGCUAUGGCAUCUAGUAGCUACAUUAGGAAUCAGUAGGUCUGCUGUCUUAUCUAGACUUCCUGAGUGAAAAAUGUACCUGCGAUCCUGGAAAUAACGAAGCUGCUAGGGAGUUUUGUCCUAUUCUAUUGCUCGCUUCUAUCUUCUGCUUCUGUCUCCAAACAGAAUCUUAAGCUGGUGCAUUUUGCUGCAUUCAGUGGCUUGGCUUGUUUAUGGCUCUACCUUGUAAGUUGCUACCAUCAGAUGCUGUCAUUCUCUAUCCCAGGAUUAGGUGAGCUUUUCUGUUGGGGGCCACAUUCCCAGGCAGAAAUAGUCUGUCAGGGGCCACAUUCCAACAGCACGUGGGACCCAGAGUCAAAGGUAGGUGGGGCCACCUCCUUUCUUUCUCUCUCUGCCACCCUCUUUCCCCAUAUUUUUGCCCUGAAACUAGGUCCAGGACUAUGUCUUAGGGCCACAGGUCAUGUCCCCCUCCUGCUGCAGCCCUUUCUUUGUGGCAUCUUCUCUCAGCUCAGGCUGUUGUGUUUAGAUAAUUGUGCUCAUAAAACCAAAAAGUGUGCUGGCAGAGAAAAUAAGUGUUUGGGAAGAAGAAGCACAAUGAAAUAAAUUUGAAUACUUUGGGGACAACAGCAAGUGCAGGCAGAUGAAUGCGGAAAGUUGCUGGUGAAGCCAAAAUGAAGGCUGCAGCCUGCCGCUUACUGAUUUUUGUACUCCCAGAGCCUUCUUAUUCCACACCCCUCCUAUUCCCUAUCACGGUCCUGCUCACAUCUGAUAUAGCGGGGUCCAUUGUCAAUAAAUGUUGAUCUUUAAUUGCUCACAGGCAAAGAAUAGCCAACUGUUGACCCACUGGCAAAAUGUGUCCCACAACAAAAGGUAGGCAUAGCUUGACCCGGCAGUGGGUGGAGCCAAAGUGGGUGGAAUUUGAAGGCUUGCAAAAUAGCUGUCACCCCUCAAUCCCUUCUCUCUCUCUCCUGUCUUUGCUCACAUACAAACACGUAAAGGGGAAGUGAUUUCAAGGAGGACUUCUCAAAGAGCAACAGUGAGACUAGAUAACAAUGGGGAAAGCCUUAGCUUUCAUCAUUGGGUGGGUGGAGCAUGUAUGAGUCACAGAUGCCUGUCGGAGUUUGAUCUCUGUACCACUAGCGUAUCAAAUGCCACUGUUUUCACAAGCACCUUAGACUCCCAGAAAGUGUUGCGGUCUCAUUUGGGUGAGUAUAUACCAAGGAACAAGGGUUUAUUUUUAUACCAUGUAACUAAGAUUCUGUCUGGCGAUUUCUAUUUAAGCUAUAUUAAAAAGAAAAGAAAAAAGUA